CGCACAACGCAGACACGAUCCCGCGAGCAGCAGAGUACGCUACGCUCUUCCCACCCUCAAACCCACCACGCCACCACUCCGUUGAGGGAGGCAUUCACAAUUCACUCCACGGCACGGCGAGGCGGGGGCGCCAAGGCAAGGCCAGCAGUUGGACGCAUUAGCGGCGGCGGUGGAGGGGGGCACAUGGGGGUGCUGCGGAGCACGCAGAGCCUGGAGGCCGAGGUGGAGGAGAUGCGCGCCGCGCUGCUGCUCCACGGCGCGGGCUUCGGCGCCCGGAGGCCGGGCGGCGCCGCGGCGAAGCGCGUGGCCCGGGCCGACGAGGCCGCCGGCGCGGAGGCGCGCACCGUCUGCGUCACCGGGGGCACGUCGUUCGUCGGGUUCGCCGUCGUCGACCGGCUGCUCCGCCACGGGUACAACGUCCGCCUCGCGCUCGAGACGCAAGAGGACCUUGACAAGCUGAGGGAGAUGGAGAUGUUUGGCGAGAAUGGAAGGGAUGGGGUUUGGACCGUGAUGGCAAAUGUGAUGGACCCAGUGAGCUUGCAUGAAGCUUUCGACGGCUGUGUUGGUGUCUUUCACACUUCAUCACUUGUGGAUCCAGGCGGCAUCUCCGGUUACACGAAACACAUGGCACAUUUGGAAGCCAAAGCAGCAGAGCUCGUGGUUGAAGCAUGUGUGAGGACAGAGUCCGUGAGGAGGUGCGUUUUCACCUCGUCGCUGUUGGCAUGUGUCUGGAGGCAAAUCUACGCUCGUGACCGCAGGUUCCCAACCACCAUUGAUGAGAACUGUUGGAGCGAUGAGAGCCUCUGUGGCGACAACAAGCUGUGGUUCUCACUUGGCAAGACGAUGGCGGAAAAGGCGGCAUGGAGAGCGGCACGGGGAACAGACCUGAAGCUAGUUACCAUAUGUCCUGCGCUUGUAACCGGGCCAGGAUUCUGGAGGCGGAACCCUACUCCAUCCAUUGCCUACCUCAAAGGAGCGCACGCCAUGCUCGCCGAAGGCCUGCUGGCCACAGCGAACGUGGAGAGGGUAGCGGAGGCGCACGUCCGCGUGUACGAGGAGAUGAACGGCACGGCCGGCGGGCGGUACAUCUGCUACGACCACGUGGUCCGGCGAGCCGAGGAGUUCGCCGAGCUGCAGCGGCAGCUGGGGCUCCACGCCCCCGCCGGCAGGGCUCCCGCGGCGCCCGACGAGCGGGCGGCGCGGUUCGAGCUCUGCAACCGGAAGCUGACGGCGCUCAUGUCCGCGCGGAGGAGGUGCACCUACGACGCCUACUUCCCCGUGUCGUAUGAGUGAAAUGGUCGGGGGUCGGUGGCGAGUUGUGUGAUGGUAGAAGAGGAGAGAGCUGAUGCUGGUGUGACAUUGUACAUAGUUUUGAUGCGUCAAUAAAGCUUUGCUAGGUA